AUGACGGUGUCUCAGGAAGGAUAUAUACUGAAGGUACUUGGAAAUUUCAAGAUGGAGCAAGCUAAGAUAGUUGGUAUUCCUAUGGGUACUCAUUUUGCGCUAAGGGCAGCUACGGAGAUAGAGCUGCGAGAUCAAGCUGAAGCUAUGAAGAAAGUCCCUUAUCAGAGUGCAGUGGGAAACUUAAUGUACUCUAUGAUAUGUACACGUCCGGAUUUGGCUUUUGCAGUGGGCCUAGUGUGCAGGUAUAUGAGCAAGCCUGUCAAAGAUCAUUGGCUGGCAGUUAAGUGGUUGCUCAGAUACCUGAGAGGUUCGGUGAAGAUUCGGUUAGUGUUCAGAAAAGAAGGAGAGUUUACGGUUCAAGGUUAUUGCGAUGCGGAUUAUGCAGGGGAUGCGGACAAGCGCAGGUCUACAACAGGAAUGGUUUUCACAGUUGGAGGUAAUCCAGUGAGUUGGAGAUCUAGUUUGCAGAAGGUAGUGGUGUUGUCGUCAACAGAAUCAGAGUACAUAGCUUUGUCAGAAGCGUCAGGAGAAGCAGUUUGGUUAAAGGGAUUUGCGAAUGAGCUUGGGUUCAGCCAAGAUGCAAUAAAGAUUUACUGUGAUUCUCAAAGUGGAAUUGCACUGGCGAAGAAUGCAGUAUGUCAUGAACGAACGAAGCAUGUGCAGACAAAGUAUCACUUUGUUAGAGAUUUGAUUACUGAUGGUUGGGUACAAGUGGUGAAGAUUGCAACAGAGUAA